AUGGAACUAGGGAUAUGGAUUGUUUGGUUGGUUAGAGCCCCUUGGAUUGCUGCCAUACUUCUUAUGGUGAUUGCUUCCAUACCAAGUUCCAAGCUGAGAUUGUUUCAUGAACUCGUUUGGAGUAUCACUGGUAGAGGAAAGAUUCUUCCUCCCUCGUCUUCUCAGAAAUGGACUGUUCCUCAGAAAUACUUUGCUCACUUCUAUGUCUUCGGAGUGGCAUGGACAACUCUCUUGCUAGCCAUCACUUGGAUGCAUGCUUUCAAAAUGGCGCCUUUAUCGUCUGAGGAGUUCAUGUUUUCAAGAUACUUAACCGGAGGUUAUCAUGUUGAGAGUCAGUUUAAAGUGCGGAGAGCAGUGUUUCUACUUCUUUUGAUGGAAAUACAAGUUUCGGCGUCAGCGGUAGCGUCUGCGUCGGCGGCGGCGGCAGCGUCUGCGUCGGCGGCGGCGGCAGCGUCUGCGUCGGCGGCGGCGGCAGCGUCAAUGAAAACAGUUGUUGUUCGUUUCGCAGACGCUGACGCAGACGCUGCCGCUGAUGCUGCCGCAGAUUAUUGUUCGUUUAGAAGACGCAGGAAGUUGAGGUCGACGCCGACGCUGCCGCAGGAAGCAUAUUACUAUGCAGCAGCGCCUUUAUCACUCUGCGUCAAUCUAGUGGCUGGGUUCAUUUCUAAAGGGAAAGACCAUAUCUCAUCCUCUGAGUUUGAUUUAUUAUCAUUUCUAAGCCCUCUGAUGAAUCUUGGAUGGUGCCAGUUGAUUGGUGGAGCCAUUUUUCUCUGGGGAUGGUUACAUCAGCGGCGCUGCCAUGCAAUUCUCGGAUCUCUCCGGAAAAGUCCUAGCCAAGCGAAAGAGUACAUAAUACCACACGGAGACUGGUUUGAUAUUGUCUCUAGUCCACAUUACUUGGCAGAAAUCGUUUUAUACGUGGGUUUGCUGAUUGCGAGUGGAGGAACAGAUAUAACUGUCUGGUUACUCUUUGGUUCCGUGGUUGGGAAUCUAUCAUUAUCGGCUGGAGAAACUCACAGGUGGUAUCUCCUCAAGUUUGAGCAUUACCCGGCAAACAGAAAUGCCAUUUUCCCUUAUGUUUACUAA